AAUCCAUUUAUGAAUUAAUAACAAUAAUAAUAAUAGCAUUGAAUUUAUUAUAUGAUAUAAUAGUUAUAUACAUAUAAUCAUUGUAUUCAUUGUUGGCAUUCAUUAGCAUUCAAACGACUCAUUCAAUCAUUUUAUUUAUUUAUUAUUAUUAUUAUUGAAAUCUAUUGAAUCAGUMGUUGAAUUGAUUGGCCAAACAGUUUGGUUGGAGAUCACAAAUACCGCACAACUGGUAAUUGGCAAACGUGUGUCCACCGCCCGAAGUGUGACCACCACUUGAGUACUAAUCACUAUUUAAAAGACCGAAACGUCAAUAGAGUGAUGGCCUGCGCGACACUCAAACGUUCGCUUGAAUGGACCGAUCCGUCGAUGUCUCCGCCGUCAGCACACAAUAGUGGCCACAAGGACUCGGCUCACGGUUACGGCCACUCCUCGAGAGCUGCCAAAAGACGAUGUCUGUCAACUAUAAUGAGUCCACAAAUGCCAGAGAAGAGCUCGCCGUUCAGUGAAAUUCAGCCAAAAUUGUCUUCAGAGGAAAUAGCGGUCAGUAUUCGCGAAGAAAUGCAACGCUUAUACAACCGCAAGAAAUUACAUGUCUCACACAUGUCGUCGUCGACCAACACUUCCAAUGAGAGCUCACAUUCAGGACACCCGCCCUCACCCUCUAGUAGUUUACAAGAUGGUUUCUCUUCGCCACCUCACGAGAUGCAAGCGCUGAGCUCGACAUCAAUGGGACUCUUGUCACCCUCAAGACGUGAUACACCGCUCUUUACCUUUAGACAAGUGGGUCUUAUCUGCGAACGGGUACUCAAGGAAAGGGAGACUCAAAUUAGACAAGAAUACGAUGACGUUCUCAACACCAAAUUAGCCGAGCAAUACGACACGUUUGUUAAGUUCACGUACGACCAGAUCCAGAGGCGAUACGAAUCCAAUUCAAUUCCAAGCUAUCUAUCAUAGGGUGUAAUGCAAUUAGUAUUAAAAAAUUUUUUUAGAUAAAACUCUACACAAAAUUGCCAAACAAUUGAAAAAAGUGUGCUUUUUCUUAAAUGUGUUAUACUUUGAAUCUUUCUAUACAUUAUUAUAUUAAAACUUUAAAUAUUCUGUAUAUUAUUUUCCCAACUUAUUGGAUGCAAAUUUACGCAGAAUUUUGUUUUUUUUUCUAAAACUUAUUACAAUUAGAAAAUUUAUUUAAAUUGAUUUUUAAUGAUAAUUUGUAAUUGAAAUGUUCCCAAUAUUAUUAAUAUUUUAGCUAUUAUUUGAAUAUUAUAAAUGAAUAAUUAAUUUAUUAUGUAAUGAAUAUCCAAAGUAAUGAUUAUAUUUCUCUGAGCAAAACAAUGCUUGAAGUCGACUAUUAUAUAUAUAUAUCUAAAAACAAGCAUUUUAUGUCUAUAUGU